AUAGAAUAAACCAAUUCAACAAUGGGAGGCACACAAGGAAGACUAAGACCAAUUUGAUGAGGAACCCCCCAAAUCAAACACAAACAAAAAAUUGCUCAAAAACCCACCCCAAACUCCAAACCUGCAAACGUGAAAGUAAUCUUACUCUGCCUGGACAGAAUCCUGGACUAUUUACCUAUUGAAGACCUGUGAAGAGCCACUGCAGUUAAUAAGUUCUUCUGUUACACAGCUACAAUGGAGAGGCUUUAUGAUAAGUUUAGAGUAGAGGAGACUGAGUCCUUUGUUGAGACAGAGCUCAAUGCGUUGACAGAAGAUUGGAAAAGUGAGCAGAAAAAAGGGAAGUUAUCGAAGAAAAGGAUGGAAAUGAUGAAAACGGAUGGUGUUGUGGCCCAGAAAUCUAAAGAAAGGGAUGAUUUGCUCCGGAAAAGCAAUAUCAGUAAUGUUACACUGAAAUUAUUGAGAAAGUAAUUAGCUUUGUUUUACUUUUAGAGCCAGAUCUAAUAGAAAGAGUAAUAAUUUCAAGCAGAUUUUCAAGACUAUUUUCAUAGAUUUCAAUUCCAGGAAUGCUUAGCUAUAAUAAGGAACUUCAAGUUUAAAUCAAAAACCAACCCCAUUUGAAAUUUGAUUAAUUAAUUGCAUUUUUAGAUGGAAAAGUAUAAACACAAGCUUCUAAGACCUCAUCAUUUUCCCAUUCUCUCUCUAUGCAUAAAUAAAACUUCUUACAGCUGUUCUCUGACCAAAAUUUCUUCUAGUUCUCCUAAAACAGCAUUCUCAAUUUUAAAUUUAUCCAUUUUACAAACUUCUGUGCCUAAUUUCCAAUAUAGAAAUGUAAGUAAAUGGAUCAAAACCUAACAAAAUUCCGUUCUUCUCCAAAAUCUCUGCAUUAAAAUCCUUAAAGCAGCAAAUGCCGGUUUCAGG